UCCGCCGUCCUCAAUGUCUCCCCGGCGGGGAGGGGGCUGCCUGGGAGACGCGCUGAGCUGCCCCCCCCGGAGGCCCGUCGGCGGCAGCAGCAGCGCCCGGCCCGGCGCCCCGCAGCCUUCCCCGGCGGCGGCGGCGGCCUGGAGGAGCCCUGCACCCGCCGCCGCCCCCGGAGCCUCGCAGCCGCCGCCGCCACCCGGCGUCCGAGGAGAGGGCGGCGGGCGCCCCCCGGGGAAGAUGAAGGCGGAGGGGGGCGACCACUCCAUGAUCAACCUGUCGGUGCAGCAGGUCCUGAGCCUCUGGGCCCACGGGACGGUGCUGAGGAACCUCACGGAGAUGUGGUACUGGAUCUUCCUGUGGGCUCUCUUCUCGUCCCUGUUUGUCCACGGUGCUGCGGGCGUGUUGAUGUUUGUGAUGCUGCAGAGACACAGGCAGGGGAGAGUGAUCUCCCUCAUCGCCGUCAGCGUCGGAUUUCUGGCUUCUGUCACCGGCGCGAUGAUUACUAGCGCAGCCGUCGCGGGCAUCUACCGAGUGGCAGGGAAGAACAUGGCCCCCCUGGAGGCGCUGGUGUGGGGCGUGGGACAGACUGUAUUGACAUUAAUCAUCUCCUUCUCAAGGAUCCUCGCCACACUCUGAGCUGUCGGUGGGCAUGUCUCACUUCACAGAAGGAAACAGAUGUACAGAUUCUCAGAACACGGCGUUGUGAAGGAGCGGGAUGAAAUUGAGCAAGGAGAGCGUGGAAGGAGCAGGUCGCUGCAGAAGGCCUUGAGCUGUGUGCGAAGAUCGCCCUCUGGUGUCCAAGUGAUUGCACUACCGCACCGCACCUUAACGUGCCUCCGUCCCAGGCCAGGCGCAUCCUGGAAGCCGUGAGCAGAAGCACCUUGUUCAGCUGCCAAUCAGGUUAACACUGGUGUUGACUCAUUUUUCUUUAACAGUGUUGUGUUGAGUUACGGGGACGUUUUGAGGAAUUGAUAUAUGUGCCAAACUCUUCUCUCUCUCUCUCUCUCUUUUUUUUUUUUAAAACAUUGAUCAUGUGACAAUUUGCAAGUGUAGAUGUAGAUGAGUGCUGUGAACCACAUUUGACAUGAAUUCAGGUAACGUAGUGAGAUUUUUCUUUCGUGACGCUAAAUCCCGUGUGAGUGCUGAACACCGAAUCCUUUAGUAUGCGGCGAACUUUUUGGUUUUUAAUGUUGAACGUUUCUGGGAUUUAGGGCUUUAAUAUGUUUAGGCAUUAUUGUUAUUUAAUUUAUGUGGAAAAUAAUACUUAAUGGAAAACUAGCUAAACUCUUGUAAGGACUCAAAGUAGACCCAUAGGGUGCAUCCUUCCCACUCACUUAAAUAACAAACACUCUUUUAAUAGUUUCCCUCCUACGUAACUAUUCUAUUGAUAUGAAUUCAAAAACUAUGGGUCACACACAUUGACUGUAGUUUGUGUGUCAUAAAAAUAUAAUUUGAAAAUUUUCUUAUAAACUUUGUAAGAAAAGAAGGCUGAAAUGCAUGUUGCAUUCUUUGACCCUUCUAAAGAAAGUUUUUGCCAUGUAUCUCAUGGAGAAAACAUCUUUAUAACUCGUAUCUCGGUGGGAUUAUAUUACUUGUUGCAUAUAUCUUGAUUUUUGACAAAACAUAAAGGAUCUUGCAUUCUGGAGUAUUACCUAUAUUUAAAGAGUGGCCUAAAUUAGGCUGUGAAAACAAAGAGCCUCAUUUGUAGAUAAGUGACAAGUUAUAUAAGAAGAGUAAUAAACUAUCUUACAUUGGGCAUGUGGUAACAUAAUUUUGCUAAGUAAAAAUUGGGGAAUAUAAGUAAUUUAAAAAUUUGACACUUAAUCUCAGCAUAUCAGUACAGUACUGAACAUAUAUUAGAGCCGUUCUGUCGUUCAGUUCUCGAUUUGCACUACUAAGUUUCCUAGAAUCAGCGACGACAUUUAAUAGAAUGAAAAAGUACUUAGUAAUACAACAUUUUAAGAGGUUUUGGCAAGAUGGAGUUGUUUUUAAGAGUGCAAGGAGUAAGGGGGACAGAACCUGGUUGAAUUUGUCUCCAACUGAUUGUUUUAAAUUCCAGGUCCUCUGAUAAAUGUGCUAACUCAGAAACCCACUGCAGAAAAUGUGAAGUUAAGGGCAAUCCAAAAAACAAUCUGCAUACUCUAGCCUCACUGUUUUAUACCCCGAUUUGCUAAAAAGUGCAUUUCUAUUAGGUCCCAUUCAAAUUUAAGACCCUCAUUACCCACACCACUUCUUUUCCACCAAAAAGCAGAAGAUCUUUCAAUGACUUCACAAUAGGGAGUUGGGGAGGUGAUACUUUUACCAGUAUGGAAGCCAGUCUUGGGGGUUUACUAAUGCUGUGGCUUAGAAAUCUGUUUUUGUUUUGUUUUUUUUUUUAAAACCAAUAAGCAACUAUGCAUCCCUAGAGAUCUUUGAAGUAAACCUUAAAAUUGAUUCUUUUUAUCAUGUACAAGCCUAAAAAUUAUUUUCAUGUGUUCUUUAUGCUCCUGAUGCUUUCCCAAAUUAAAUUUAGGCAUAAAUUUUCCAAGUCAAUUUGAUUUCUCCUUUUCUUUCAGACUUGAAUUGUGUUCUUCCUUUACUUUGGCUCUUCUAUUGGUCAUUUCAAGUGUUCAUAUUCUUUGAGAGGAGUUACCAAUCACAUGUUCACAUUGUUUCAGAUCGACGGUAGGAAUAUUUCUUUGAACAUUUGGUUGUUUCAUGAUGUAAGAAAGUUACCUUGGUAAGGGAAUACGAGCACAUGGUUUAGAAUCCAAAAUUAGCCAGAAAAUAACGCAGACACAUUAAAUCCAUCCGUGUGUGGACCAAAGAGAUUCUAACUCCUGUUUUUACUCUCGAAUGGAAGUAUAAUUAGGUGGUUCUUAAUUAGUCUAUGGAGUGUCCUGCAGCUCUCUCCAUCAGGUUGCUUUACAUUAUGAAUUGUGUCUGCGUGUGAGCUCUUAACCUUUGGAGAAUUGCUGGUUUCUUUGCUGUUUUCAGUUCUUUCCAUUGGGAUUUUGUGCAGAUGUCACUCUCUUGAUAUUUUCAAAUGCAGUUGAAUCGUGUGAGUUGAUGAAAUUGUCUUAAUAGCU